AUGGGGAAGAAACAGAACUUAGAUUGGACCUCAAGCUCCAUUUCUCAUUCAGGCAGUGAAAGAGUACCUCUUUUACACAAGGAAGCAAGUAAGCAGACAAAUGAUGAGCAGUCACCAAGCCGCCCUGUGUCAGACCUUGAGCAAGGCAAUGCUGUUGAGGAAACCAAUGUUGGAUUGUCCAGAGUAUUUUCACUGGCAAAGCCAGAUGCUGGGAAGCUAAUUGCUGGCGCCAUUGCACUUUUGAUAGCAUCCGCAUCAGGUCUCUUGAUUCCUAAAUAUGGGGGAUUAAUUAUAGACAUUGUUUCAAGAGAAACAAAGACACAGGAACAGCAAUCAGAAGCUUUGGAUGCCAUCAAGAACACCAUAACAUAUAUUGUGCUGAUAAUUGUAGUAGGGCCUCUAUGCAGAGCAGUUCAAGCAUGGUUGUUUUCUUCCGCCUGUGAAAGGAUUGUAGCUCGUUUAAGGAAAAACUUGUUCAGUCACCUUAUCCAUCAGGAAAUAGCCUUCUUCGAUGUUACUUCAACAGGCGAACUCCUCAGCGGGCUCUCUGAGGACACCCAGAUCAUUAAAAAUGUUGCUACAACCAAUCUUUCAGAGGCACUUCAGAACCUAACAACUUUCAUUGUUGGCAUAGGCUUCAUGUUUUCAUCAUCAUGGAAAUUAACAUUGCUAGCCAUGGUGGUAGUUCCAGUUAUUGCAGUUGCCAUUCGAAAAUUUGGGCGCUAUCUCAAACAACUUUCGUACACAACACAAGCUGCAGCUGCGUUAGCUGCCUCGGUUGCUGAGGAAUGUUUUGGAGCCAUUCAAACAAUUAGAUCAUUUGCUCAAGAAGGUUAUGCAAUAUCAAAAUACGCUGAGAAGGUUGAUGAGACACUGAAGCUUGGACUCAAACGAGCUAAAGUAGUUGGUCUAUACUUCGGAGGACUGAACGCUGCAUCCAAAUUGUCUAUUAUCAUUGUGGUGAUUUAUGGAGCCUACUUGACAAUAAUGGGAUUUAUGACUGCAGGCUCUCUUACAUCCUACAUCAUUUACAGCAUCAAAGUUGGGUCCUCAGUAUCCUCAUUAUCAGGAUCAUACGUAUCUGCUAUGAAAGCUGCAGGGUCAAGCAGAAGCAUUUUCCGGCUCUUAGAUCGUGUCUCAAGCAUGCCAAAAUCAGGAGAUAAGUGCCCAGUGGGAAAUCCAGAUGGAGAUGUAGAAUUAAAUGAUGUCUGGUUCGCUUAUCCUUCUCAACCGAAUCAGAUGGUACUUAAGGGAAUAACAUUAAAACUGAAACCUGGUUCAAAAGUCGCCCUUGUUGGACCAAGUGGUGGUGGCAAAACAACGGUAGCAAACUUAAUUGAGAGGUUUUACGAUCCUCUAAAGGGAAAGAUUUUGUUAAAUGGAGUUCCUUUGGUGGAAAUUUCACAUGAAUAUCUUCAUAGAAAGGUUAGUAUAGUAAGCCAGGAACCUGUUGUUUUCAAUUGCUCUGUAGAGGAGAACAUUGCCUAUGGGUUCAAUGGCAAAGUCAGCAGUGCUGAAAUAGAAUAUGUGGCUAAAAUGGCUCAUGCCCAUGAAUUCAUAGAAAGAUUUCCUGAAAAGUAUCAAACGCUUGUUGGGGAACGCGGUUUGAGGCUCUCAGGAGGUCAGAAACAAAGAGUAGCAAUUGCAAGAUCGCUAUUAAUGAAUCCAAGAGUGUUGCUUUUGGAUGAAGCCACAAGUGCUCUGGAUGCUGAGAGUGAAUACCUAGUUCAGGAUGCAAUAGAUUCGUUGACGACGGGUAGGACUGUUCUAGUCAUAGCACACAGGCUUUCGACUGUCAAAAGCGCAGACUGUGUCGCUGUCAUUUCUGAUGGUCAGAUAGCUGAGAUUGGCACUCAUGAAGAGCUUCUCAAACAGGAUGGUAUCUACACUGCACUUGUCAGGAGGCAACUACAAGAAUCAAACAUCAAUAUCUAG